UGAGAGGAUUGGAGAACAUACCCCACGUACUUGUAUUUUAUUGGGCAGAUAGGCAUCGUCUAAAAGCGUUGAGUACUAAUUUAAUGUUGGUUUUGGUGCCCUAGUAAGAGAGAGACAAAGAGAGACAGAGACAGACAGAGACAGAGAACAGGGGACGGGGAUGGCGGCGGAAGAAGGCGAGGUGGCAGAAGCAGAAAAGCAAGAGGAAGAGGACCAAGUGGUGAAUCCAUGGGAGGUAUCGGCCAAGGAGGGAGGGAAAAUCGAUUACGACAAACUCAUUGUCCAAUUCGGCUGUCAAAGGCUGGACCAAUCCAUCAUCGAUCGUGUCCAACGCCUCACCUCUCGCCCCCCUCACGUCUUCCUCCGCCGUGGCGUUUUCUUCGCUCACCGGGAUUUCAAUGAAAUUCUUGACGCGUAUGAGAGACGGGAGAAGUUCUAUCUGUAUACCGGCAGAGGGCCAUCUUCCGAAGCUUUGCAUUUGGGACAUCUUGUUCCCUUCAUGUUCACCAAAUAUUUGCAGGAUGCUUUUAAGGUUCCUCUUGUUAUACAGUUAACUGAUGAUGAGAAGUGCAUGUGGAAAAAUUUAUCCGUGGAAGAGAGCAAAAGACUUGCCCGCGAGAAUGCUAAAGACAUUAUAGCUUGUGGCUUCGACAUUUCAAGAACCUUCAUCUUCUCGGAUUUCAAUUAUGUUGGUGGUGCCUUUUACGAGAACAUGGUGAGGAUUGACAAAUGUGUCACGUACAAUAAGGUUGUUGGCAUUUUUGGCUUUACUGGUGAAGAUCAUAUUGGAAAGAUAAGUUUUCCUGCUGUUCAGGCUGCUCCGUCUUUUCCCAGUUCAUUUCCACACCUCUUUUCAGGCAAAGACAAUCCCCGCUGCUUGAUUCCAUGUGCAAUUGAUCAGGAUCCUUAUUUUCGAAUGACACGAGAUGUUGCUCCUCGGUUAGGGUAUCACAAGCCUGCUCUGAUUGAAUCAUUGUUCUUUCCUGCCCUUCAGGGAGAGACAGGGAAAAUGUCUGCAAGUGAUCCAAAUUCUGCCAUAUAUGUGACUGAUUCUGGAAAGAUUCUUAAAAACAAGAUUAAUAAAUACGCUUUCUCUGGUGGGCAAGAUUCAAUAGAGAAUCACAGAAAAUAUGGAGCGAAUCUUGAGGUAGACAUAUCAAUCAAAUAUCUUGGUUUUUUCCUCGAGGAUGAUGCUGAACUAGAACAUAUAAAAAGGGAAUAUGGUGAAGGAAGUAUGCUAACUGGCGAAGUGAAGAAGCGGCUUGGUGAAGUUCUAACAGAAUUGGUGGAAAGACAUCAGAGGGCUCGAGCUACAGUUACUGAUGAGAUGGUGGAUGCAUUCAUGGCGGUUAGGCCCCUUCCCAAUAUGUUCAACUGAAGUGGGUGAUUGGACUAUAUUUCAAUUUGUCUGACAGAUUAACUCACUGAGUCUCCUCCUCAAGAUAGCAUACAAGUUUUUUUUUUUUGCACUUACACUGUUUGGUCCACUGGUUAGUUCAUUAAUCAACUUGAAGGAGGCCUUUUAUCUAUUACCUGGUUCAAAAAGGCUUCUUGAAAAUUCAUAUGUUUUGCUUAAUUUUGUUAUCAAGUGAUAAUUGUAUGGAUUCAGAAUUCUUAUUUGAUGGAGCUAAACAACUAGUAAAUUCUUUGCUAGUGGUGGAAAAAA